CUCACUUUCCUCUCUUCAGGCGUCUGUGCUUUAUUCCCACAGCGUGUCCUUGCAGGCGUCUCUGCAGCCUCCGGUCUUCCUCCAGCUGGUCCCUGUGAUGAAGAUGAAGGUGUGGGUGGUGGCUCUGCUCGCCGUCUUCCUCUCUCGCUCCGCCGACUGUGGCCCCGCCCCCCCCCCCCGCCGGCCGCUCCUCCCGCUGCUCCUGCGCCUGGGGGAGGAGUUCUCCCUGCAGGUGGGCGGAGGCUCCUCCUCUGCUGCCGCUCUGGGCCUCCUCUCCUCGUCUUCAUCUUCCUCCCUGGCGGUAAACAGGCCUCAGGAGGAGCAGGAGGAGGCCGGGGAGAAGGGCAGGAGGUCCGAGGAGCCGCCCAUCUCUCUGGAUCUGACCUUCCACCUCCUCAGAGGCGUCCUGCAGAUGGCCCGCGCCGAUCGGCUUGCCCAGCAGGCCGACAGCAACCGCCGGCUGAUGGACGCCUUCGGCAGGUAGAGCCCGCCGGCGGCUCCCCAGGUACUGCUCCUGGUGCUGCUCCAGGCCCUCCUCCCGGUGCUGCUCCAGUGUCACAUGACAAACUGAAAGACCGUCACUUGGAAACCGAAGUAAACAAAGAGCAUCAUGGGAGAUAUUACUCGCUCCAUCGGUAAUAAAUACUAAAUAAAUAGGAGUUGCCAGUGGAGGAGAACGUGUUUGUUAUGAAUAAAGUGUGAGCAUCA